AUGGGAGACCUGGCUUCACCUCUGUGGUUGACUGACCAAAAGGUUGGGCCAUCUGCGAUCGACAUCGCGUCAUCGAAUGAUUUCAUCUUGGAGCGCGAAUUGCAAGAGGUCAGAUCGACACGACGUAACAACCAUUAUCACCAAUUUAUGUGCCGUGCAUUACGGGUACAGAGACAUGUGAUGAUACCUUAUAUUGGGAAUGCGAGGUUGUUACGGGAUACAGCUGCAAAGGCAGUGUCGCAUAGGGAUACGGUGGAUGUUCUUGAGCGCCUUGACAAGCAAAUUGCCUUGCUUGAGGAGCAACUGGGUAAUGCUUUAGUCAGACAUGACAGCUAA